AUGACACAGAUCAAAUUAGGAGAUAAACACCACGAGCCGUCGUUUUAGAUGUUUCAUUUUUAGAUGCCUUCUAAAAGUGAGCGCUGAGCUUGACCGUCUAAUAAAAGAUGAACCGAGCUCCACAGUUUAGAAGCCGAAUAACUGAAACAGCCUCUCCAUGUUUUCUGUAUUUUACAGGGAGUAUCUGUAGAAGGCCACUAUCUGCAGAUCUUCGAUUAAGUGAUGGAAAAUAGACAGACACUCUUGUGAACAGACAAACAGGCUGAAAAUGUCCGGCUCCGUGGAUGAAAACGCGCUGGUUAACGCGCUGAGAGAGCUGGUCAGUACUGGACGCGCUUUGCUGGACGGAGCGGCGGGUGGAUCUCAGCAAAACAUUGACAGUCAGAAGCUCCAUCCAAUGUUUGGCCUGAUGGCAGCAGGUGCCAGCUUCCUCAGCAGUCUUUCGGUGACAACCAGGCGAGAAGCCGAAGCCCUGUGGGAGCAAAACUUUCAGAAUGCAGAGGUGCGGGACAAUGUUGAGGACUUGCUGCGGUUAGAAGCAGAGUGGGAUGGGUUUCUGACCGCAGCGUCAGAGAACAGUUUAAAGAAUCCGAGGACACGAACCACAGAAGUGGCUGUGGCCGAAUACUUGGAGUUUCAGGUGCAUGUACAAGCGCUCCAUGUCCAGCCAGAACGUACAGGUGGAGUUAGAGACAUUGCAGACCACUGGCUGGUCAAAUGCAGUCAUCCUGUGGUGUCACUAGAGAGUGUUUCUCUGGGUCAGUAUCUGGGCAAAGGGCAGAAACUCCUGCUGGUUCUGCUCAGGCAUUUCGGAUGACUGCCGUGACGAGAUCACUUGACCGAGCUUCGAGACAACAAGGCUCUUCUAGAGGCUCAGUCGGUGCAGGUUCUGGUGGUUUCGUACGGUUCUCUGGAGGGGGCAGAGUUUUGGCUGGCUCAGACAGGCUAUGAGUUCGACAUGGUGUUUGACCCCGAGCGUAAGGUCUACCAGGCGUUCUCUCUGGGCUCCUCCUUCUCUAAAGUGAUGAACUUCAGCAACUUGCUACGCUACUCGGAAUACCACGUGACCAAGAGAAGCUUUCCUCAGGUGCCCCCGCAGUUUAUCCACGACCUUUUUCAGAUGGGUGGUGAUUUCGUGCUAGAUGAAGGAGGUGCAGUGAUGUUUUCCCACCGGUGUCAGAGCCCAGUGGACCGGCCCUCAGCUGAACACAUCCUGGCUGCCCUGUCGUCCUCAGUUUAACUCUUAGUGCCUCUGCUUAAAGCGAUAGUUUGGCAGUUAAUCAGGUUUUGCUUCUUUAGGUUUGUGCUGGGGCUGUGAGGCAAAUGCAGCUAACAUAAUGGAAGUUUAUAUCAUCAGUUAUCACUCGCCUUGCAAAACUAGAGAACAUGCCUUGGCUGAUCAAAGAUAUGGUUUGAUGUGGUUUAAGCCCGUAGGCUGGCUUUACGCGGUGAAGCUUUCACGCAACUAGUUGCGUGUUGUGAGUUGCCUGCAACGUAAUUCUUGUGCAGCUUGACAGUUACAGCGUUGCACACAACAGUCACUCUUUUAGUUCAGCUGCCUGAUAAACCAUCUUCUGUUUUGAAAUCAUUUGAAAAUAUGCUGUUCGAUGUGAUCACGUGAUGCGUUAUCAGCGCUUUGAUCGCAUGUUUCAUGAAACCUGUUUCGGCUGAGUUUCAAGUGAGAUGCAGGACAUUUUAUGUUAUGUAACACAAGUGCAGGUUAGUUGCAUGUAGGUUUCAAGCAACUAAAAUUGACUGAAACGUUCACCAUGUAAAUACAGCCUUAAGCUCCAAGCUUGUUAUUCAGUUACUGACUACUUUAGAUUAUUCAGUAUCUACAGUGAAUUACUCAGUAACCACUAUAAAUGACUCCGAUUUUAGUAUAAAUGAAUCAUCAAUUACUACGAUUCAGUAACUGCUAUAAAUGAUUGAGUUACUGUGAAUUAUUUUCCGAAAUGACUCUGUAUCUACUUUGAGUAAUUCAGUAACUGCUGUGGAUGUUUCAGAUAUGCAGUUGUUAGAGGGAGGAGCCGCAAUAUGGGCGUCUGCAGUAUUAGAGGUGAAAGUUGUGGAUCAUCCUGAGUUUUGGACGAAAUGACACCGUCAGUGGGGCAUCUGCAAUGAAAAUCAUUUUUAGUGUCGCGCUGUGCCUGGAAAAUCAGGAAAAUCAGCCACGUGUACCAAAGUACAUUCAGUGCUCUGCACGAGUGAUCCUCAAAAGCCACUGUAGAGCCAAACCACUGCACAGUGUAGUGCUCUCCUCACUCUAACGUCGUUCGCCAGCCAAAUAUCGAAGCCUUCAGGAGUCGAAUCGGCUCGCUAAAAUCAUGACACGUUUUUGUUGGCUUUCGAAGUGCAGUCGUGAAAUUUGCUCACUACUAAAUAUUCCACAGUCAACUGUCAGUGGUAUUAUAACCUCCAAACUUCAUGCGGCCCUCAGAUCAGCUCAAGAACAGCGUAGAGAGCUUCAUGGAAUGGGUUUCCAUGGCCGAGCAGCU